CAGGCAUCUGGGAGAGGAAGAUUUCUGUUGGACUUUGUAUGAGAAGAAAUUAAGGAUUUCAGUUGGAUUUUUUUUUCCUGUCUAAGGACCCAGGUUGUGAAAGGUUGACUUUGAUACCCAAGAUGGGUGAUGCAGUUGCUAACACUUCCUUACCUGAAACCUCCAGCUCCCUGCCUGAGCCCCAGUCCUCAACCAGCAUGGGUGGGAGUGGUAGCGAGUAUUUUUAUGUCCUGAUUGUCAUGUCCUUCUACGGCAUCUUUUUGAUUGGAAUCAUGCUGGGAUACAUGAAAUCCAAGAGGAGGGAGAAGAAAUCCAGCCUGCUUCUGCUCUACAAGGAUGAAGAGAGACUCUGGGGGGAGGCCAUGAAGCCUCUGCCCAUUGUGUCCGGGCUGAGGUCGACCCAGGUGCCCUUGAUGCUGAACAUGCUUCAGGAGAGCAUGGGACCAGCUCUGUCAUGCACCAUCUGCUCCAUGGAGGCAAGCAGUGUGAGCUCUGAGUCAUCUUCACCUGAUGUACAUUUCACUAUCCAGGAGGAAGUGCCUGAUGAUGAGCUAGGAGAGACCUCAGAGACGCCCCUCCAGGAAAGCAGCGAAGGGUCUUCAGAGAACAUCCCCCAGAAUUCCUAGCACUCUGAUGUGACCUCCAGAGGUGGCCCUGUUAGCCAACACACUUAGCAAGAGGAAGGAGAUAUGCCCAGUGUUCGAUUCCACUUCUUCAGUGCAGCUGCCGCUUUAGAGAGACUCGUGCCUGGCCCCCACAAUGGGGUCCCAGGGGGCAGUGGCUCAUCCUGAGGUGGCAGGAUCAAGGAGUCAAAUGAUGCGUUUGUGACCUGGACUUGGCACCGCAAAAGUCUUGCCAACAGCUACAGUUUGUAUAUUUAAUUUCAUGCCUAGGUUUUUAAAAUUGUACCUGUUCAGAACAUGGUAUGGGGACAUUUGUGUUAUUUCUGUGGAUGCUUGUAAUAAUUACUGCAUCAUCUGCCCUCGUUAAGAGUGCUAUAUAAUGUCUAGGACCAUAGCUUUAAGCACUGGAAGGCAUCUCAGAGGUUAUUCCUCUUUGACAGAAGAGAAAACUGAGGCCCAGAAAAGCUUAAGUGAUUGACCUAAAAUCAACAGGUAGUAAUGGAAAAACUGGGAUUGCCCCCCAAUCCAGUACUAUUUCCAUCUAGCCUCCAGGAACAGUGGAGAGAAUUUGCUUACUAUCAGGGAUUCCUUUUGAUUCCCCCUGAUUAACUGUUAAGUACCUCUUCUGGGUCUGUUAUCAAGUUGCAGACCAGGGCAGACUUCUUGCAAAGUCCUCAGAAGGGUAGGAUGGAAGGUUCUGGGAAGCAAAGUCUGACAGUGAAAAACCGAUCACCUGAACCCGAUGAUCUAUUGCGUGUACUGUAAGAACCCAGUCUUUACUUAAAACCAUUGGAGACCAUUUAUUUAUAUAAUUGACCACCUGGGUCCUAACGUGUAACCUUGACUUUUGCUGGCUCUUUGGUUUGGGGGGAAUCAGCUCCUUUCGGGUAGGUAGCAUGUGACCAGGAAUUCUUAAUCUUCCCUUCAGUUGGCAGCCAUGUCUGGAGAACGGUUCCCAACACCCAGAUGUCUUGGUGUGUUGUCUGGCUGUCACCGCAGAGGCCGGAGAACUAUUGUUGACACCCCUCGUCUGUUCUAGCCAACUUUCUUUGCAAGACAGACGUAAUAGAAGCCUUGUAAACGUGGUUCUUUAUCACGUAGCUGAGAGCAGGAAGGGCAUUCUCACGCGGAGAGCACAGGAAUGGGGGGCCGAAUCCCGUGGCCUCUGGUUCCUGGUUCUACCACUCAUUUGCUGUGUGGUCCUGGGCAUUGGCCCAAAGCCUCCGUGUCCUCAUUUGGCAAAUGAGUUUCAUAAUGAUGCUUACUCCCCAGAGACAUGGGGGAGGAUUGCUUUAGAUUUUUAAAGCUCUGCGAUAAAUACUUCCCUGACUGGGGUGAGGGAUGCUUUGGGGAGUACAAAAUAUUCUUCCCGUAGUUAAUGUUGGGGUUGGGGGGUGUGCAGAGUCUGUGGAUAAAGGAAUAGACAGAGACCUGGGGCUCCCGCUGCCCAGAGAACUUAAAUUUUCCCAGGAAGGAAUCUAGGAGGCUGACAAUUCGUUUGGUCUGCAAAGUGUCCUGAGGAUCCCUGGGAAUGGGGCAGGCAGAACGUUUCGAGGCUGAUAUUUGGAUGAAUUUGCCAGUGCUUCAAGCAAAAGGAAUGGGAAGUUUAAAAGAAUGGUGCCCAGCAAUGUUCCCCAAAUGUCUUCACGUAUUCCUGUGUUAAAAUAGCUUUGAGACAGCCUUUCUGGCGCUGAGAGCCUAGAAGAAAGGGAGAACACUUGAGAGAGACAUAGAAUAGAGAAAGAAGAGAAAUGAACAGGAACAGGAAAACUUUCUUCUAGCUGCCUUGUGUGCACAGGAGGGAGGGGAGCUGAGAAAAGGAAGAAAGGUUAGCAGGAAAGAGACUGGUUGAGUGGGAUGGGGCAUGGAGGCUGCAGCAACUGUAUUCCUCUGGCAAGGGUUAACAGCUUAAAAGCUGGAUCUGCUGUAUCAGAAAGAUACAAGAAAUUUAUGUUGGGGGGUGGGGCAGGCCCUCUUGGUCACUUUAAAAUGCAAAGGGUAGAUUUACUCCAAAGGGGGCUGUUUAAGUUUGAAAGAAGCCAAGCUAAGUUUGGCCCCUUGCCUGGAAUCACUUGAAUUCUGAAACUUUACUGAGACCGACAGACUUGUAAGUUGUCACAUUUUCCAUUACUUGCUUCAUCCCUGAGGUUUGGUGCAAGUCUAUCUGUGCCUAUGAAACAAACAUGGUGUACAUACUUAUGAUC